AUGAGCGGCGAGCCGUCCACCGACGAGGUGGCAUGCAUCGACUGUCAGCCUGAUCCUGCGUACCCGUCCGCGCCUGCCACUGCCGUCCCAUCGUCACAAGAAGACCUCAUGGAUCCAUCGACGUUCCUCCCACCUCUCCCGUCGGGUUCGCUUCCAGCCAUGCCCACACCCCUCGUCGUUCUCGAAUACUGUCAACGCUGCAAGUUCGGUCUGCGCGCCAACUGGAUCCAACAGGAGCUGCUGAGCACCUUUGCCCCCAUCCCCCCCGCCCAGCAGGCCAACAGCAACAGCGCGAGCAUCGCCAGCGUCCUGCUGAUUCCCAAGGUCGACGAUGCCUCCAGUGGCCGAUUCCGGGUUUGGAUUCACGCAUCCUCCAAUCAGGGGUCAGGCUUGCAGUUGGUUUGGGAUCGAAAAGUCCAAGCUGGGUUUCCGGAGAUGAAGGUGCUCAAGCAGAAGAUUCGCGAUCACGUCAACCCGGACUUUGGUUUGGGACACAGCGACAAGAAGUGA